AAUGUUAGUUAUUGUUUUUCGCGGUAGUGCCUUAGUACGGUAGUGGCUUAGUAGCGUUGCAGAGCGUCAGUGCGUAGAACUCGCUUCUCUAGUGUUAAGGGAUCGAGCAUGUUAUCCGACGGAUCUCUAAGAAAAAGCUUAUUAAAUUAGCUCCGGCUCGCGGCUUCCCCAAUGGUUAUGUUUGACGCGCCAACAUUGACUGGUACAAACAUAGUACAGUCGGCAAUACUAUUCGCUUAGCACUUUUGCAUAAAAACUUCUAAGCAAGGGGGGUCCACUUUUCUCUGCAGUUGACUGUGCAAGAUACGAUGACGGAUUUACAAUAAAUAAAUAAAUAUAUUUGGGGACAAUGGACGGUGGUGGCCUCCCAACACAGGCAUUUAUUUGCUCUCCGAGUGGCUCCAUCCCCUGCAUCAUUAACAUGUAUGUUUUCAUGAAAUAAAUAAUUUUGAGUUAAAUAUAAAUUUGUUGUUGUUGUUGUUAAGUUAAAUUAGUAAAUUGUGCAACGAGGGGGGUAAGUGAAAUUUUGUGAACGAGGUCUUUAGGAUGGAUGUAUUUGACUAACCGAACGUUAUAUCAAAACCUCAUUUAAGUGUAAUAAAUGUAACAUGAUAGAAUUGAUGAUCUACUUUAAAUUUGCAUAUAUAUCAACAAACCUAAUAAAAUAGUAUAAUAAUUUAUAAAACCGACAGUGUCAAGUUAAAACCUUUAAGCAUAUCUGCGAAAGUCUUUCUUAACAGGUGCAUACUGCUCGAUACAUAACAGAAUGUCAGUGGCCCGACCGGCAAAAAGUCCCUUCCAAGUGGUGUGAGUAGUACGAGCGACCGAGUUAUCUUGCGGUUCAGUCCACGGCGAUGCGCGCUUUCGUUGCCAUUCUCACACUCGCCUUGUGGCCGGUGUGCGCUCACGCGCUCGACGUGCCGCCCGGGGUACUCGCCGCGCUGCGUAUCGAAGGCACGCCGGUCGGGAAACUCGUCACAUGCGGCCAAGCACUCGGUCCCGCGAAAUGCCUGAGCGCACUGAGCGCCUGGCGCGCUUCAAACGCCGCCGACCAUCUACUCAACAACAAGGAACAAACAUUCAACCUAACAGAGGACGUCGAGAGAUUUCCAUGGCAGAAAUACGCUAAUGCCUCUGACGACCAGAUUUAUUCGGAACUGUGUGAUGGCGCGGAAAAGUUGCUUCAGUUUAGAUCGCUGAAGUUAAAUGUAGGAUCCGGGUACUCGUUACAGCUGAACUCUCGGGAAAACGGAGCUCUCAAUGUGGAUGUAUAUUCAGUUUCAGACAAUGAGGUAGAGUCUGCGCGCAGCUCGAUGAAGAAAUUGAGAAAUCGAUUCUACUCGAUAGUUCCGCUGCUUCUCAUACCGGGUCUCAUCAUGUCGGCCAUCCUGCCUUUCGUGCUGCCUGCGCUCAAGAUGAUGGUCAUGGGCACGGUCAUGCUCAACAAUAUGGCGCUCUCCAGCGCCGUCUUCACGCUCCUCCGGAACAACGCUUUCAACGACAACUACCACCAUAAGAAAAUCAUCUACACCAACGACGGCUACAAGGACAAACAUUAUGAACACGAAGAAACGCAAAACUAUGAGGCCGCCAACAACUAUGAAGAAAUAAACAACGGAGAAGAAUAUAAUAUUGUCGAAGAACCGAACCACAAGUGGAUGGAUGAAUUUUUAGGUAAUGAAAAUAAAUUCGUUAACAUUCACGGAUAUAGGAAUAGGAGGAUUGGCAAUAAAAAACGGAAGAGGAAUCGUCGUCAUAGAAACUAGAUAUUUAUUUUUAUCAUAGUACUCAGUGCUUUAAUUUAAAUAAUUUUGCAAGAAUAUUACAGUCUUAUCUUAAAGUGUUAAAAAAGUAGCUGAUAUAUUUUUUUUACGUAGGUAAAACUUGAAAUAAGUACCUGAUUAGUGUAUAUAUAUUACACUGUAUUCGUGUCAUCCAAGAUGACGCGCAGAUUUGUCAAAUUUAAUAACGAACAUUAAGAAUCAAGGCACGCGUCUUCGUGAAUGACACGAUCUAUAAAUAGGUACUAUUAUUUAUUCAAAUAGGCUUAGCAACUUUUUAUUAAUAGUCAUGUAAGAGAAAGUAUGUCCCGGUUAAAUGGUAUCUGAGAAAUAACCCGGUGAUAUUAACUCUACAAUGAAAACUGAAAAAGAUAGUAACGAAGGCAUGUAAGCAUAGACUAACAAACAUUUUAUUUAAAAAGUGUCUGUUGUGCCUAUUUACCUACUUGUAUUCGUUCAAAAUUCAACACAGCACGGUGACCAGAAAGCUACUUUUUCUCUUGUAAUCUCAAGUCCAGUCGAGGUGAACACCGCCAUGGAAGGCAUUUGAAAGGUAUCUAGAACAGUCGGUACUUAUAGUUGAGCUUAGCUUUGUAUACUUUUGUGUGAUACAUAUACUUGCCUUCAUACUUAAUGAUAAUUAUAAUGUUUGAUUAUACUUACAAUCUUAAGAAUUGCCAUUUACCUACUCACAAAAAAGAAAAUAAAGUCUUCAAAAAUG